CCAGUUUUAUAGGACCUUUAUAAACAAAUUCGAAUGCAAAAUUGAUAGGAUAGGAAGUGCUAAAGAGUCUUGACCGAUUUUUGCGAAUUAUUAUUGUGUUUGGUUUAUCCUCGGUACUUGUGGCAAGGAAAACAUCAGGAUGAACUGCCUAACAACUUAACAGAUAAGGUUGUGAAGAGGUCGCGGAAGCCAUGCCAUCCCCGAGCAACCGGAAACAAGAUCGAAGCUGGCUGGAAACAAUGGUAGAGCUGCCCUCCGGAGUCGGCGAAGAGGACAUUGCGACAGGAGACGGCCAAGACCGCACUCUAGAGCGGCGUGAUGGCGAAGGACGCGAGGCACCAGGGCCUGAAGGCGAGAGGAUGCCGGGAGACGGCGCCAGCUGCUCGGCUCCCGACGAUCAGGUCAGAAUUUGCGACGAUGAUGCCUCCACGUUCAACAUCAACCCUUUCACUGCCGACAAAGAUCCAGCGGCGACGGAAGGCAUGCUCCGGACGGGGCGGUACUACAAGGGGAUUUAUUGGCCCUCCAUCACAAACAGUUUCAAGGACGAAGCUGUAGAGAAUUCAUACCAAAGAUAUUCACGGAGGCAACGCCAGAAGUCCCUCAUUAUGGUGAACAUAGUCGACUUAGCGCUCAAAAUUUGUCUGUCCAUUAUAUACACGACGGCCAAUAGGAGCAAUAUCACAACAGAUACUAUGGAGCCAGACAAUAUUGCGUUGACGAUCGCUUUCAUAUUCUUAAACGUGGCGGUGUGCCUGCUGGGCUGGUGGCACUGCUUCGCCAACAACUACCUGCACUGGGCGGCCGCCGCCACCUGGAUCCUGCUGGUCGCUCAAGGUUUAAGCGGCAAGGGUAUCGGCUUCCAAGCGCCCGAGAACCAAGCUUGGUACAUGCUAUUUAUAGUGUUCGUCCCUUACGCCAUGCUGCCUCUGUCCCUGGGCUGGUGCAUCGUCACCGGUCUUCUGUCUUCCCUUACACACGUGCUGACCACUCCGGCAAAGAUAAGGGAGCUGAUGGAAAGCAACCCUUGUGCUGCGGGCUCGUGUAGCACAAGGCUUCUAAUCAGUAACGCUCUGCUGUACACGGCCGUCAACUUCGCCGGAAUGUACGCCAAGUACCUUGCCGACUGGGGGCAAAGGAAAGCCUUUCUAGAAACGUACAAGUCUAUGGUCACGCGGCAGAAGACGAAGAGGGAAAGUGACCGGCAGUGGAAGCUGUUUCAGAGUGUGAUUCCCGACUUCCUGGGACGGGAGAUCUACCAGCACGUGUCCCGCGUGAAGGGCGAGUUCCAAGAGCAGCAGUUCAACAACCUCUACAUCCAGCGGCACCAGGACGUCUCCAUACUGUACGCCGACAUCAAGGGCUUCACAGAACUGUCAAGUAAAUGCAGUGCGCAAGAGUUGGUGAAACUCUUGAAUGAACUGUUCGCCCGCUUCGACAGGUUGGCAUCGGACAACCACUGCCUUCGAAUCAAACUGCUGGGCGACUGUUACUUCUGCGUGAGUGGUCUCCCGGAGCGGCGGGAGGACCACGCGCACUGCACCGUCAACAUGGGGCUGCACAUGAUCAGGGCCAUCAGGGAUGUGCGGUACAAUGCUCAGGUAGACCUGGACAUGCGUAUCGGCAUCCACAGCGGCACGGUGCUGUGCGGAGUUCUAGGGCUCCUCAAGUGGCAGUUCGAUCUCUGGUCGCAUGACGUCACUCUAGCCAACCACAUGGAGAGCGGAGGAUUGCCCGGCCGCGUGCACAUAUCGUCAGCGACGCUGGAAUGCUUGAAUGGUGCUUUCGAAGUGGAGCCGGGAGAUGGCGGCACCCGCGACUCUUACCUGAGGGAGCACAACCUCGCCACCUACCUCAUCAAGACCACGGAGCAGCCCAGGAGGACCAGGCAUACCUCCAAACCUUGUGUUCAACAACGUGAGAUGUGGGAACUCACGCCGCGGCGGCCGAGCAGCAGCAUCGAUGACGAGGUCACCACCGACUGGACGCCGGAGAUGCCUUUCCAAAAUUACUAUUCGAGCAGCGCGUCCGGCGUGGUGUGCGUGCGCAGACAAAACUACGACAGCGAUGACGAAGACGACGUGCCGCAGAUCUCCGACGCCGAGGAAGACGACAUAAUAAACAUCGAGAUCGGCGUGGGCAGCAACCGUCGCAUGCGCAUCGCCCAUAUCCAGCCUUGGACGCUGUACUUCCGGGACCCCUCCAUGGAGGAGCGCUUUGGGAAGCUGGACGCCAAGACCUUCAAAUCUAAUGUCAUGUGCUGCCUCGUCUUGUGGCUGUUCAUUGUAGCUGUUCAGAUUGUUAUUCAUUACAACUGCAUACGCCUAUUGAUUACCCUGUCUAUCAUGACGGUCAUCCUAGCCCUGUUGUUCGCCCUUGUCAUGGCGGAGGAAUUCCCGAACUUCCUGCCGAGAAUAUCCAGCCUCUCUGCCAGACUCAGCGGCAGCAGACUCAAGAGGGACAUACACAUUUGCUGCUUCGUCUCCAUCAUGUCGAUAUCCAGCACCACAAAACUCUACAUGUGUCCUUCAUCAUUUCCACAACCAAUGAUGGUAGUCAACAACACUUGUGCACUAAACGCUAAUACUUCAGACAGUGAAGUGUAUGAGAUUUUAAAAGGGGAGUGCUUCCGACCAGAGUACGUAGUAUUUACGUGGAUCCUCUGUCUGGUGGCGCUGACUUCGAUUCUCAAACUUUACUACUUGAUAAAGACAUGUUUGGCGAUUGUAAAUGCGACUGCCUAUUCCGCGUUGCUGUUGCAUUACUAUAAUGUCUAUUAUAUUAGCACUGAACCUGACAAUACGCAGCUCCCAUUUUACGUUCAAAUGCUGAUCCUGAUGAUGAUGUUCCUAGUGGUAGUGGUAUACCACGCGCGCCUCAUUGAAGUGACCUCGCGAUUAGACUUCUUGUGGAAGCUGCAGGCGGAGAACGACCUGGUGGAGAUGGAGGACACACAGAAGACUAACAGACAUCUGCUGAAGCAUAUACUGCCGGAUCAUGUGAUACAACACUUUCUGAGCAAAGACCGGUGUCCUGAUGAGUUGUACUCGCAAUGGCGCGACGAGGUGGGAGUGAUGUUUGCAGGCAUCGCCAACUUCCACGAGUUCUACUCCGAACAGAAGGCCAUCGAGUGCAUGCGGCUGCUGAACGAGAUCAUUUUUGAUUUUGACAAGCUCCUGAUGCAGCCACGGUUUCGAAGCAUAGAAAAGAUCAAGACUAUCGGAGCCACAUAUAUGGCGGCCUCAGGCCUGAACCCAAACCAUAAGAAUGGCGAAGAUGACCGCCAGCAUCUCUGCGCUCUCGUGGAUUACGCGUUCGCGUUACGAGAAGCACUUGAAGACAUAAACAACAAUAGUUAUAACAAAUUCGGAUUAAGAGUUGGUAUAAGUUGCGGUCCACUGGUGGGUGGUGUGAUCGGCGCCCGCAAGCCCGUGUACGACAUUUGGGGGAACACUGUGAAUGAAGCGUCACGGAUGGAGACCACGGGCAUCAUGGACCGCAUACAAGUCACCAAGUACACUAAGACGCUACUAGAGCGUUGCGGCUACGAGUUAGAAUCCCGAGGUCCAGUAGAGGUGAAAGGCAAAGGUCGUAUGGAGACUUUCUGGGUGAUUCGAGGUGCCGACAGAGGACAGCGGCCUGCGCACGCGGCAGCGCCUCCUAGAUCACUUGCCGCCAUAGUGUAUACUAUGCUGCAGACCAGGAAGAGGAUAUAUACGCAUCCGCUGGAUUCUGCUGCUAUACCGGGUCGCAGCGGCAGCGUGCGCAGCGGCGUGGCGGCGCGGGCGGGCACGGCGCCCAGCGGCGGCGCGCGGCACCGCUCCGGGGAGCUGCGGAGGGCCAAGACGAGGCACGGACACUCGCGCGAUAUGCCUGACAUGGAGCUGGGCAUCAGGCCGCACGCGAGCAGCAUGGUGGUGCGCCGGCCGCGGGCCGCCGCCGCCGUGGCCAGCCUCUCGGCGCCGCACACUCCCACCGCCGCACACGGCUCCCCAAUGCCCCUACACCCGUUAGGAUUACCAGAGACAGAACAGCUGCCAAAGGUGGAGAGGGUGCAGGAAGCGCCGCAGAAGAUGGGAAUCGGUGCCAGGUUAAAAGCAGCGAGUUUCUCAUACCGGACGCGACCGCCCCGGGAUCGGUCGCCAAAGAUCCGGGAUCAGAACAACGGCGCCUCCAACGCGUCCCUGACAAACGGGGCGCCUGGUUCCUUCCGCUUCCGGUCCGUCACCACCGCCUCCUUCCUCAGGUCCAAGGCCAAGAAAAAGGAGGAGGACACCAAAGAAAAUGGCGACGCGCUGACCACCAGGAUGUAACCUCAUUUCAUUAAGUGCAAUAAACUGAAGAAUCAAUGUUAAAUGAAUAUUUGAAUGUCGAUUGUGACAAAAACUGUCCCAAAUUGCAGCGUCAUUAUCAGUCAUCAUCAGAGCUUUAACACUUUCCAACCCGGGGUUUCUACGAUGAGGUUGCUAUUUCUCUCAAUUCUCAUAUUUCUUAGUUCCAUAAUAUCCAGUUCAAUAAUACACGGUCCAGUUACAUAAAUACGUUCUCACGUAAAAUCCUGGUGCCAAAGAUUUAAAAAUAUAAACUUCAUUCUUUAUAUUACCGAUUCUGAGAUUAUGUAGUCUUACCAAAGAUAAAUUUAUAGGUAUGUAUAAAAAUAUAUUUUAGAAUAAAAAAAUUAAAUGGUAGGUAGGUACAUAUGCUAAAUAGUGAUUAAUUAUCACUGUUAUUAGUAUUGAUUUUAUUUAUUUGCCGGUUAUAAAUUUGAUAUUUAGUAUUAAGUAAUUUUAAUAUUUAGUAUUUAAGAAAUUAUCUAGUUAUAUAUUGUAAAUAAUUUUAUACAAUUAACUAACUUUAUUAAAUAUAAGUGAUACAAUAACUAACGAAAUUUUAUUAUGGCACAAUUUAGAAAUAUUUUUGUUUUAAAUUAGGCACAAAUGGCAUUUAUUAUUUGUAAGAUUUAUUAUUAUUUCAAGUUAUUGUAAAAAGGGGAUGAAACAAAAACGCUAGACUUCGUCUUCCGCGAGAAGACACCUACAUAAAGUAUAAUUAUAAUGAAAUACUUUAACGCAAUAAGAACUAGGAAUUGCGAAGGUAGUGGGACCAAAGACGAGAAGGAUAGUAUAAACUACAUCCUCCAAUUUUGAGAAUUUUAUUAAAGGGAAGAAAUAUAUGGAUUUAUGAAACAAUGCACUUGGCUAGUUCUUAUUGCUUGUGUAAAUAUUUUCUUUUUUACGAAACUAAAAAUUCUUCAAUCAAGUCUAUAAAUAUAUUAACAUAAAAUUUACGUCAUAAUAAGUGCUUCCUAUUUUUAUUUUUUGUUUAUUAUUAUUUGUGAUCUGUGUAUUUUUUGCCUUAGAAACACUAACUUAUUCCUGGGGCUACGUGGGAAUUUCCAAGAGGUAUUAAUUUGGGAAGAGGUUGUAUUUAUAAGAAGUUGAAUCUGUCUGUGGUAGAUGUUUUCUAUAUGUCGAAUGCUUCAUGUUGUAACGAACACGUACAUAUUAUUAACAUGCCAAGUUAAAUAUCACUAAGUGUAUUUAUAAGAUAAUGAUGCCAAAGAAUCUAGAUCUCAAAAUUACGUGCCGCAUAGAUAGUAAGGUGACAUUUAAUGCAUUCUUUUUAAUCUGAUGCAUUAGGUCGUCUAGUAGAAAAGUCCAUAUUAUUUAUUUCGUUAACAGAAAUGAAUAUUAUAAAUUAUAGUAAAGGCUUUUUUUAAAACCACAAUUUUGUCAGAUAUAUUUUCCAGCAGUAUGAAUAUUUUAGUUUGAAAGAUAUAUGUAUUUAUAUUUAUGAAUUGUUUAUUGUACUUGUUAAUCUGAACAGGAUGAAUUUUUAUUCAUUAAGGAAAUUUUCAGAGCAUGUAUGAACGAUGAAUUUAAGUCGGUUAAUUAUAAUAGCAAAAAUAAUUAUUUUUUUUGCUGUUACCAUCCCACAAAAAAUUGGUUGAUCAGCCUAUAGGCCUUAGUAUGAGAAACAAGAUUUUUUUCGGUUUUGGCAACAUUGUUUUUCUUAAGUUUCAUCAUCCAAACAUGCUUUCAAAAUUUCUUGAAAGAAAAUCACAAAUGUUUUUAUCUUUUUAUGUGUAAUGUAAACGAUUGUGUUGAUAUUUAAAUAAAAUUCCUUUUGCAUACAAUACGUACAUAUUUGC